AUGUCUUAUUUCCUUCCUCAUUUAACCAACGGUUGGCAAGUAGAUCAAGCCAUCUUGUCUGAAGAGGAUCGAGUGGUAGUAAUUAGAUUUGGACAUGAUUGGGAUCCAACAUGUAUGAAAAUGGACGAAACUUUAUAUGGAAUAGCCGAAAAAGUAAAAAAUUUUGCUGUAAUUUAUCUGGUCGAUAUUACUGAAGUUCCGGAUUUUAAUAAGAUGUAUGAACUUUACGAUCCUUGUACUGUAAUGUUCUUCUUUCGUAAUAAACAUAUUAUGAUUGAUCUGGGAACUGGUAACAAUAACAAGAUCAAUUGGGUUAAAGAUAAACAAGAACUCAUAGAUAUAAUAGAGACUGUUUAUCGUGGUGCACGAAAAGGAAGGGGUUUAGUGGUUUCACCAAAAGAUUACUCCACAAAAUACAAAUAUUGA